UGCCGGAGCGGGCGGACGGGGCGGGGUGGAGCGGGAAUGGAGAGAUCGCGGAGCCGGAGACCGGAGUGAGGGUCAGAGGCCGGCGGCCCGGUAGGCGAGUGGUGAUAUUGGAAGGAGGGAGACGGACGUUAGCCGGUAACCGAGGCCGGGAUGAGUGUAAGGCCGUGAGAGAUGCUUCCUGACCUGCUGAGUAUUUCAGCAUUUCUGGACCGUAAUGGAGGACCUACUAUGAGCCGUGGAGGAUGGAGGAAACGUGCCAGCGAAGGGGAUGGCUGGAGAGAAUGGGGUGGCUAUAUGGCAGCAAAGAUGGACAAACUGGAAAGACAGUUCAAAUCAGAGACUCCUCUUCAACAAGAAAAUGAAGGGACAGCAUCUUGUAUUUUCAGAGGUGUUGCAAUUUAUGUCAAUGGUUACACAGAGCCAACAGCUGAUGAGUUGCGAAGGCUUAUGAUGCUGCAUGGAGGCCAGUAUCAUAUGUACUAUUCGAGAUCCAAAACCACUCACAUUAUUGCCACUAACCUUCCAAAUUCAAAAAUAAAAGAACUGAAGGAAGAAAAGGUGGUUCAGCCCAAUUGGAUUACAGACAGUAUAAAAGCUGGAUAUCUCCUCUCUUACAUUCCCUAUCAGCUCUAUACCAAGCAGUCAAGUGUCCAAAAAGGAUUGAACUUCACUGUGAGCAAACCUGAAGAACCUACACCAGGCCCGAGCAAUAUUUAUAAACUUAGUAGAAACGUAAAGAGCAUCACCAACAACCAUGACAAUGCCAAAUACAAGGAGAAAGCAAACCAGACUAACAAUGGAAUGAAUGGAUGGGACAAAAACAACGAAGGUUUUGAGCUUAUGGAAUUGGAGCAUGCUUUUCCGAAUAUAAAUCAUAAUGGAGUUCAUAGUUGUAGAGACCACUUUUCUCUUUAUAAAAGGAAUGAGCCCAAUUCUUAUAGUGCCUUAAAAACACAGGAUUAUUUAAAACAUUGUAGUGAAACUUUGUGGGAAAAGGAAUUUGGAACUCCUGAAGUUCUGGAAGAAGAAAAUGAUGACUGUGAAAUGCAUUUCAGAAACUGUGAGAAGCAGUUGGCAGAAGGCGGUACUUUGCUGCCUGAUUGCGCUAGGACUGCUACAGCAUCUUCAUUAAAUGAGUGCUUUAAAAUAAAUGGGGCUAACCACCCUACAGUUCAAGGGAUUCCAAAAAUGAAAAGUAGUUCAGAGCCUUCACCCAACAAGGCAUCUUCCCACUGGUCUUCAAAGCCUGCUGACCCAAGUUUUAUAUCUGAAUUUUAUGCCCAUUCAAGACUGCAUCACAUUGCAACGUGGAAGUGUGAAUUUACAGAAUAUGUGAACAGACUUCAAAGACAAAGUAAUGGUGUUUAUCCAGGCAGAGAGAAACUGAAAAGGAUUAAAAUGAGCAAGUUUCAAAGAAAUCCUGUUGAUACCAGCCAUUCCGGCACUGCAAGUGCUGUAGAUCCACCAAAACAACAGAACUGUAUAAUGCACGUUGAUAUGGACUGCUUCUUUGUAUCAGUGGGCAUUCGUGAUCAUCCAGAACUAAAAGGAAAACCUGUAGCCGUUACUCAUAACAGAGGUCAUGGUCGCAUGCCAGUUCGACCAAGCACUAACCCACAGUUUGAAAUGCAGUAUUACCAAAAGAAGUUGAAGAAAGGCAAGACAGAAGAAAAAAAAGUGCCUGAUAAAUUGGAUGACAGUACCUGGGAGAAUCCAAAUCCUUCCUGUGUGAAUGGUACUAGCGCGGAUGUGGUCACCAUGUCAAUGGCAGAAAUUGCAUCCUGUAGCUAUGAAGCUAGACGGACUGGUAUUAAGAAUGGCAUGUUUUUUGGACAAGCAAAGCAACUAUGCCCUGAUCUUCAGGCUGUCAGCUAUAACUUCAAAGCCUACAAAGAAGUAGCAUCAAUUUUAUAUGAAACUCUGACAAGCUAUACUUAUGAUAUUGAAGCUGUCAGCUGUGAUGAAGCUCUUGUAGAUGUGACAGCAAUUUGUGCAGAAACUGGGCUAACACCCGAUGAGAUAGCAACUGUUAUUCGCUCUGAAAUCAAAGAAAAAACAAAAUGCACUGCAUCAGUUGGAAUGGGAUCAAACAUUCUGCUGGCCAGAAUGGCCACCCGUAAGGCCAAACCGGAUGGGCAGUAUUAUUUAAAACCAGAGGAAGUGGAUGAUUUUAUCAGAGAUCAACUUGUGAGCAAUCUACCAGGAGUUGGAAGGACAUUAGAAUACAGAAUGGCAUCCAUUGGUGUUAAAACCUGUGGAGAACUUCAACAGAUUUUGAUGCCAACGCUUCAAAAGGAAUUUGGGCCCAAAACGGGCCAAAUGCUUUACAGAUUCUGCCGUGGUCUAGACGAUAGGCCAGUUAGAACAGAGAAGGAGCGAAAAUCUGUAUCUGCGGAGAUCAACUAUGGUAUCCGGUUCAAUCAGACUAAAGAGGCUGAGGUGUUUCUUCUCAACCUUGCAGAGGAGAUCCAGCGGCGACUAGAAAUAUCUGGAAUGAAAGGGAAGCGUCUAACUCUUAAAGUAAUGAUAAGAAAAGCUGGUGCACCUACAGAACCGGCUAAGUUUGGUGGGCAUGGAGUUUGUGACAAUGUUACCAGAAGUAUAACGUUGGACCAUGCAACAGGCAGUGCUAAAGUAAUUAGCAGAGAGGUACUGCACAUGUUCCGUAUGAUGAAGCUGAAUGUGACAGAUAUGAGAGGGGUUGGAAUUCAGAUGCAUCAGUUAAUCCCAGACAGCAAAGCUUCAUUUACUCACUUUUCUUCAUUUGUACGGAGUAACACUACUACCGGACCUUUGUGUUCAGUGAUGGACCUUUUUCAGACAUCUAGAACAAAGAAAGCUAUGGAACACAGGCUUUCAGAAGACUCAGAUUGUGCAUGGAAGAAGACAACAGAAACAGGAAAUCCUAUUUUGCUUCCACCUGGUCAAGAUACAAACCUUAAUAGUUCAGGCACUUCAAUAAAAGCCGCUGGAGAACAUACCCCUGAGAGCACAACUAUCCAUAGACAUCGACUUGACAUUAAUAUUGAAGUGCCAUCUGCUUCUCAGAUAGAUCCUUCUGUUUUGGAAGCACUCCCUCCGGAUAUUAGAGAACAGGUAGAACAGACGUACUCAGCUCAACAACAGCCUAAUUUUACUGAUACCAAUAUCAAAGAGUCAGUGAAAGGCAUUGUUACCGGGCAUGUACCGGUGUCACUGGGGACAAUGAUUCUCGAGUUGCCUGGACCUCAGGAACCAAGCAGCACUACUGGAAUGAUUGUCGCCCUCCCAGCAUUUUCACAGGUUGACCCUGAGGUUUUUGCUGCUUUACCUCCUGAUGUACAAGAAGAACUGAGAGCUGCUUAUGAUCAAAAACAUCGACAGGGCAUGAAGAAUCAGUUAUUGAAUCCAUUACUUCAGUUAAAGAAUACUGUUCCUGAAAAAUCUAAGAAACAGUUCAAGAAGAAGAAUCAAACCAGCCCUAUUAAAGUUCACAGUCCUCUUAAAAAUAAGUUAAUGGUCAAUCCACAUAAAGUACUUCCUGACUUGAUCCGACAUGAACACCAAGUCGAAGAAAAGCUGCAGGUUGAUCCUGGUGCUUCCACAUCAGACCACCAAACGAAAACAUCCUCACAACAUGAAGUUAAUGUUGACUCAGCUUAUUUGAGAGCUAACCUCGCUGGAGCCUAUGAAUUGAAAGAUGUGAAAUCACUUCUAAAAGAAUGGGUUACAACUAUUGGAGAGCCAGUGGAAGAGGACAUUCUGCAGGUUGUAAAGUAUUGCACUGACCUCAUUGAAGAAAAAGACCUGGAGAAGUUAGACCUAGUUAUUAAGUACAUGAAAAGGCUGAUCCAGCAGUCAGCAGACUCCCUGUGGAACAUGGCUUUUGACUUCAUUCUUGACAAUGUUCAAGUUGUAAUGCAGCAAAUCUAUGGAAGCACGUUGAAAUUUACAUGAAAAGACAACGCUAGUGAUAUUUUUAAAACCUAAUACACUGGAGCCUGGAGCUCCCAUCUUGUGCCAUAAAUCCUUUGUGAAGCUCUUAAAAUUUGCAUGGUAGUAACACAUUGUGUUUUUAUGAAAACAUUUCUGAUAUUGAAAAAACAUUUUGUAGAUUUUUUUCUUGGCAAAAAUUGUGUGCCAAAUUCUUGUUGGAGUUGCAUGUAAAUAAUUGUGUUGUAUAAAGUAUCAUGUAUGUAGCAUACAUUGUAUUUACAAAAUUGUUGUUUAUAAAGUUUGUUUUUUAGUGUUUACUUCUAUUUAAUAAAAAAUGUUUGUUGUGAAUUUA